AUGGGGCAGAGGGUCUCCGGGGGCCUGAAGUCCGUGGACGUGCGAGGUGAGGUGGUGUUUGGGCCGGCGAGGCAGGAGCUGGGGGGCCCGGACUUCUCCAAACCGCCACGGCUGGACCUGCUGCUGGACAUGCCGCCGGCCACGCGGGAACAGCAGCUCCACCACGCCUGGAACGGCCAGGACCGCUCGCUCAACGUCUUCGUCAAAGACGACGACGAGCUGACCUUCCACCGCCACCCGGUGGCGCAGAGCACGGACGGCGUGCGGGGCCGGCGGGGCCACACGCGGGGCCUGCACGCCUGGCGCAUCCUCUGGCCGCUGGGGCAGCGCGGCACGCACGCGGUGGUGGGCGUGGCCACCGCCCAGGCGCCCCUGCACGCCGUGGGCUACACCGCCCUGGUGGGCAGCGACGCAGAGUCCUGGGGCUGGGACCUGGGCCGCAACACGCUCUACCACAACAGCAAGAGCCAGCCGGCCGUGCCCACCUACCCCGCCUUCCUGGGGCCGGACGAGGCCUUCCUGCUGCCCGAGGUCCUGGUGGUGGUGCUGGACAUGGACGAGGGCACGCUCAGCUUCAUGGUGGACGGGCAGUACCUGGGCGUGGCCUUCCGGGGCCUGAAGGGCAGGAGGCUGUACCCCAUCGUCAGCGCGGUGUGGGGGCACUGUGAGAUCACCAUGCAGUACAUCAACGGCCUCGACCCGGAGCCGCUCCCUCUGACAGACCUGUGUCGGCGUGCGGCACGGUUGGCACUGGGCCGAGAUCGGCUACAAGAAAUCGAAUCACUCCCCUUGCCCCAAUCGCUGAAGAAUUAUCUCCAGUACCAGUGA